GCGUCUGGCGCAUUUAGCAGGCGGACGUCGAGCUGUUGACACGGGUUUCUCACAGAAAGUAGCAGGACGCCAGCAAUGAUGCCUGAACAGGUUCCCGACCCCGUAAUGUCUGCUGCUUCAUUGCCUAGCCUGGUUCCUUUGGCUGGAGUUCCCACCUCCACACUGACGGAGCAGCUUCGACUAGCAGAGAUGUACAGUCUCCGUGGGGCCAUAUCUCCCAUCGAACUCCUACACGCUGGCAAAAGACCACUCAGCCUCCUGCAGAGCGAGAUGGCUGAUGAGGAUGAGAGGAGGAAGAGGAGGAGGGAAAAAAACAAAGUUGCAGCAGCACGCUGUCGGAACAAGAAAAAGGAGAGAACAGAUUUCCUUCAAAAAGAGUCAGAGCGUUUGGAGGUGCUGAAUGCUGAGCUGAAGUCUCAGAUCGAGGACCUGAAGCAGGAGCGUCAGCACCUCGUCCUGAUGCUCAACCUGCACCGUCCCACCUGCAUUGUGCGCACCGACAGCAUCCACCAGCCCCAUGACGAGCACCACUCACUUCUCCAGCAGCUCUCGGCUGAGUGAGAUGCUCGUAAGACCUCACGGAGACCCUGAGAAGAUGCCAGGAGUCAGGGAUGCUCUCAGGAUGACUAUCCACAGUUGGUGCUCGAAGAGUAACUCUUUUCUACCAAAGCUCAGACCGACUCCUCCCUCCUGUUCAAUCUGGGCCCAGAUGCUGACUGGGCUCAGUGACUAUUUCCUGGUUCUGUGGGUCUUUUCCCAACCCCCAAGACACUUCUUGUUUUGAGAAGCAGGAUGUUUGGAGAAGCGGCAUGUCACUGAAGUGUCAGGAAGUUGUUCUUAAUAUUAUGGAACUAAAUGGAGAUUUUGCGGACACGUGUUUGAUGUCGAACAUCCAAAGACUCCGUGCUAAUGGUCCUUUUGGUACAGUGCGGAUCAGUGGGAUAUUGUGGCAUCAGUGGGAUUAUAGUCACAACUCUUACUGCAAAAUCAGUUGGAUUCACUACACCUUCCACUCAAACAUGGGCAAGGCAUUUGUCUUGUCAAACAGCCACUGGCUCAGCAGUUAAAUUACUGGCCUAGUAGUCAGAAGGUUGCAGGUUCAAGCCCUAUUACUAUUGCAAUGUUCCCACUAUUGGGCCCCUGAGCAAUGCCCUUAACCCUCAAUUCCUCAGAUUGCACUUGGUCACAAUUGUAAGUCACUUUAGAUAUAAGCGUCUGCUAAAUGCCAUAAAUGUAAACUAAGAAAGGAUUGUUUUUUUUAUUUAUUCCUGAUCGUGUUUAAAUGAUGUCCACGUGGACAUGCCACCACUGCCCAAAGAACACAGUACCUGGUUCAGUGUACAGGACAUGUAACGCUACACAGAACAGACUCCUUCAGUGUUAAGUCAAUGGUAUGGGUCUAAAAGCACUUCUCUAUUUAUACUAGUUUGAUGCAAAAUACUUUGAAUAGCCACCAGAUGGCGACUUUGAUAGCCUCUUGUGUGUACUAACGCUGGCGUUUCUUUAACACAUGCUGUAUAUUAACUGGUAUGUUUGUUUGUUUGUUUUUUUACUUUGUGCAUGCACUUGUAUCUGCACUCUAUAUAUUAUAUAAUGUAUUAUUUUUUUUUUUAACUGUUAUCAAGUGAUGUGCUGAAAUGCUUCUCUCUUAUUUUGUAUGAUCUUUGUUGUUGACUGACUGAAGGGCUGUACCGAUAUCUGCAGUGCGGAGUCGCUGAACUCUUCUGUUUUCACAAUGAUGCCAUUUGUUGCAUAGUAGAAAUAAACUGUGAAGACAUGUGGUGUGCCCGCUCUGGGGCAAGGGGUAGCCGGGGGAGCGCCGCUAUCCAGGGACAGUGCCGUCGUAUGGACUUUUCUAUGUCACGGAUUCAUUUGACAGAUUUUUCUUGAUGUUUGAGAGUCUUCUGGCUCUGUCUUGGACUAGAGCUUCUUUUGCCACCCUGGAGUCUUCGGGGUCAUCAGGUUUGUUGGGUUACAUCUGGAAUGUGUAGUCUAAGGACUGGACUCCUCCCAUCCAAUAGCAAUAACCACUACCUGAAUGAGCUUACAGGGAGAGAACGGAGUACUCGUAUGGGCCACUAGGUGGCACUACAUAAGCCCAACAGGCUUUUUGCGUCUCAUUUUUUUUAUUUUCAGGAAGAGAAGAACGUGGAACUAUUGAGCAGUGUAAAGCUUAUCAAGCUGAAGUGUAACACAUGACAUGAGAUGUGCUGGCUGAGUGCUUCAGUAAACCUGAAUUACAGUAUUUUUAUGUGUUAAAUCUGAUUUAUGUGUGCUAGAGUGAAUGAGAACACAUGAACCCCUUUUGUAUUUAUAAUGUGCAUAGAAAGCAAACAAAUAAACAAUCCCAA